GGAUCCGUCUUAGUAGUUAAACGUGUUGUGGGGAAAUGUUGUGGUGUACAGUUUUGUUCACUUUAGUCGCCCUUCCAAUUGUGAUUUAUCUAUUUUUCAAAUGGAAAUUCUCAUACUGGAAAAAUCGUGGUGUACCCAGUUUGCCUCCCAUCAUACCCCAUGGAAAUUUCAAGGGUGUUAGUAUAUCAAAACAUUCGAACGAUUUACUUUCAGAAACUUACUUCACAUUCAAAGGGAAGUCCCCCAUUGCUGGGAUCUACUUUUUCUUCAGUCCCAUAGCAGUUCCUAUUGAUCUUGAUCUGAUAAGAAAUAUAUUGGUCAAGGACUUCCAUUCAUUUCACGAUCGCUGGUUCUACUUUAAUGAGAAAGAAGAUCCAUUAUCGGCGAAUAUGUUUGCAUUGCAUGGUGAAAAAUGGAAAAGGAUUCGGAGUAAGUUGUCUCCAACAUUCACGUCCAGUAAAAUGCGGUUCAUGUUCCCAACGGUCGUAAACGUUUCAGAGAGACUGGUGAAAGCUUUUUCUGCAGAAAUAAAACUUGGAGCAGAUAUUGAAGUUAAAGAGAUCCUAGCACGAUUCACGACUGACGUAAUUGGAGAAUGUGCUUUCGGGAUAGUGUGUAACACAUUACAAAACUCCAAUUCCGAAUUUCGUAAAUUUGGUCGAAUUGCAUUAGGCGAGCCCCGGCAUUCACGACUGACUGUUAACGCACUCAAACAAUUCCCUAAAAUAGCAGAAAAAUUAAAAUGUAGAAUUAUUCGAGAUGAUGUAACUGAAUUUUUCUUUCGUAUUGUUCGCGAAACCAUUUCUUUUCGUGAAGAAAAUAAUAUCCACAGAAAUGAUUUCAUGGAUUUGUUGAUUGAGCUGAAGAAUGAAAGGAAAAAUGGAGAAGAAGGAAAUCUUUCAAUUGAAGAAAUUACGGCACAAGUAUUCCUAUUCUUCCUUGCUGGUUUCGAAACAUCGUCAACGACGUUAUCAUAUACACUUUAUGAGUUAGCUCUCAAUUCGGAUAUACAAAAUAGGGCACGAGACGAAAUAUUUACUGUUCUUAACAAAUAUAAUGGUCAGCUGACCUAUGAAGCACUAAUGGAAAUGCAAUAUAUUGAUCAAAUAAUCAGCGAAACUCUAAGAAAAUAUCCGCCAAUGGUUACUAUCACCCGGCAAGCUACAGAAGAUUACCGUAUUCCAAACACAAACAUUACAUUGGAAAAGGACACAUCGAUCUUCAUUCCCGUUUAUUCCAUUCACCAUGAUCCUGAAAUCUACCCAAAUCCUGAAACCUAUGAUCCAGAUAGGUUCAAUUCUGGUGAAGAGAAAAGAAGACAUCCAUUAGCAUAUCUAGCCUUUGGAGAAGGACCACGUAAUUGCGUUGGACUCAGAUUUGGAAAAAUGGAAACACGAAUUGCCAUGGUUAAUCUGCUGAAAAAUUUCAGAUUUGUUAAAUGUUCGCGAACUGAAAUUCCGUUAAAAUUCAACAACGCAGCUAGCUUACUAACAACAAAAGGGGGGAUAUUUUUGAAAGUUGAGAAACUUACUCAGUUAGAAGAAACAUAAACAUGCAUUAGCUCUAUAUCUGUCUUAAGUGUAAAUAUAUCGUG